UUCCGGGGCAAAGAGUAUCUGGGUCAAUGUGUCCUUCCACACGUGCUGUCAGCGUCUUCUAGAAGCAGCGUCGGUAACCGGUGUUCACAGUGAGCUGUGCGGCACGGAACUCAUUUAUUCUGUCGUGACAGGUGUUUUUGUACAAUCAUGCUAAAGUCAGUCGUCCGUGCGGUGGGAGCAGCUGCUCGCCUUUCUUCAGCCAGCACCUCCGCAGCGCGAGUUCUGCCCCUCAGCUACCCGGCACUGCGCUCUCCGAGUUCGGCAGUAACUCGGCCCUUCACCCGGUCUCUCUGGAUGCUAAAUAAUAACGGAGCCUCGUCUGGAUACAGGCCCAAACUCUUCAGCUCCAAGGUGUUGAGUCCGUCGAUGUCGUGUGGAUGUGGAGGACUGCACACAGAAGGUGACAAAGCUUUUGGUGACUUCCUGUCUGAUGAAAUCAAAGAAGAGAAGAAGAUCCAGAAAAACAAAAGUCUUCCUAAGGUGUCGGGAGGAUGGGAGCUGGAGAUGAAUGGCACAGAGGCUAAACUCACAAGAAGUGUUUCUGGAGAAAAAAUCGCGGUCACAUUCAACAUCAACAACAGCAUUCCUCCCAACUUUGAGGAAGAAGUGGAACAGACACAGCAGAAAUCAGCAGAAGAGGAGCCGGAGAUUGUAUCAACACCCAACUUUGUUGUUGAAGUGACAAAGCAGGCUGCAAAACAUUCCCUGGUGUUCGACUGCCAUUUCCCUGAAGAUGAGAUAAGCCACGGUGAGGGAGAAGAGGAGAGCGACAUCUUUGCCAUUCGAGAGGUCAGUUUUCAGCCACAGGGAGAUUCAGAGUGGAAGGAGACGAGCUACACACUCAACACAGACUCUUUGGACUGGGCCCUGUAUGACCAUCUGAUGGACUUCCUGGCUGACCGUGGGGUCGACAACACCUUCGCCGAUGAACUCAUGGAGCUGAGCACGGCCAUCGAGCAUCAAGAGUACAUCAAGUUCCUGGAAGACCUCCAAGGCUUUGUCAAAUGUAAUUAACUUCAGUGCACAUUCUGGGAGAGUUCGAGGUGUGAGGGUAGAGUAAGACUAAAGCACUCGGUGGUCCAUCGAUACGUUUGAUGACCCUAAAAGACUGAUGAUGCCAUCGGCCAGCAGCUGUCACAUGGCUGCAGAUGUGCUUUUUGUGACGCCAUUUUUCUGUAACUUGAGGUUCAGACACAAAUGUAUGAAAACUAAAAGAAUUACAAGUUGUGGUCAUGUGUAUAAUCUGCUUAGUUACAGUUAAUAUUUAAAUAUUCUGACGAUUCUGAAGCCAGUAAUGGGACAAUUUGUCAAAAUGAGAAGUUGAACAUUUCAAUAAAAAUCAUCUCUCUUUUGUGUAAACGUGACAGCCUCUGAUUUUAAAGCGUGACCACCUCACUUUGAGUCUAAAGUCUGGCUGAGCAGAGUGUGUGGCCUUGCUGCCUAAAAUCUGAACGUGAAUGAUGUUGGUCAGAGGAAGGAACGUCGUUGCUCAAUAAAACGGUUUAAUACAGUA